AUGCUGCUUUCUAUAAUCUUCACGAGCUUCAUUGGCCUUAGUUGUGCUCAUCUGAACUCCAAGAAUGAGGCAAAUCCAAAGAAUGGGGUGCUUAGCGAGAGACAAGCUUCAUACCCCGCAAACACCAUUGAAAUGCCGAUAGAUCACUUUCCUCAUAAGGACCAAUACAAACCUCAUGUGACUGGGACUUUCAAGCAGAGAUACUUUUUCGACUCGACUUACUAUAAGCCGGGUGGUCCAGUUUACCUUUAUAUAAGCGGCGAAACAGCCGGCACGAAUCGGUUUUCCAACUUGAAGACUGGGAUCAUUCAGAUAUUGAUGAAAGAGACCAAUGGUUUAGGGGUCAUUAUUGAAGACCGCUAUUAUGGACAAAGCUACCCCUUUAGCAAUAGCUCAACCGAUAACCUACGAUAUUUGACCACGGAGCAAACAAUAGCGGACAAUGCGUACUUCGCUCAACAUGCUAUUUUCCCAGGCGUAUUGGGAAAUUUGACAGCGCCAGGUACGCCAUGGAUUCUGUAUGGCGGCAGUCUUGCGGGUGCGGAAACCGCAUAUUCGGUAAAAACAUAUGGAGAUAUCCUUUAUGGCGGCAUUGCCAGCAGCGCACCCAUCAAGGUUGUGCUGCCCUAUCCUGAAUGGUAUGCACCAAUUCAGCGCUAUGGACCGCAAGAUUGCAUUGCUAGCAUCAACAACAUCGUCGCCAAGAUCGACUCGCUAACUGACGCUCGUAACGCUAAAGCGAUUCAAGAAUUGAAAGAGAUAUUCGGUCUCGGAAAGCUGAAAGACAUCAGGGAUUUCGCAAUGACCAUUGCUUUCCCUAUCGGAGGACCGAUGAACUACCCAACUAAUACAUGGCAAGAAUUGAACUGGUACCCAGAUUACAACAGUCCUGAUUUCUUCGAAUUUUGCAACAAUGUCACCAACAUCGAUGCGCCAGCAAACAUCACAGCUAUAGACCAUGUUCUAGCUAAAUACACGCAUGGACAGCCUUGGACCAACUUAGGAAACUAUGCGACGUAUUUCAAGAAAAACUUCUUACCACUCUGUCCAAGUGGAGACUACGAUAGCACGUCCUGUUUCGGGACUCAAAAUGCUACAUACUGGGAAGACUCAUCGAACGGUGCAGGAAGAUCAUACUUAUGGUCAACCUGCACUGAACUCGGGGCUUACCAAGUUGCACCAGCCAAAGGCCCUGCCUUGAUUAUGAAAGUCCUACAGGUAGACUACACUCAACAAUGGUGUAAUUGGGCUUUCCCUAAAGGCAAAUAUGUCGAGAUACCAAAAACUCCAAAUCUGCUAGCUUUCAACGACUAUGGUGGCUUUAAUCUUCAAGCAGAUCGUCUUGCAUUCAUUGACGGAAGCAUUGAUCCAUGGCUUGAUCUAUGUUACCAUUCCACGGAAGCACCGCUUCGAACCAGCUCGGAUAACAACCCGGAAUAUCUAAUCACUGGAGCUGGCCAUCACUGGGACAGCUACGGGAUUCUUGACAUUGAUGCGGAACCAAUGUUUAUUCAGCAAGCACACCGCUGGGAGAUCAAAACUGUAAAGAAGUGGUUGAGAGCUUUCAAAGAUUGGAAGCCAUGCCAUACGAACAUUACCGUUACUGGAUAG